AUGUCUACAGCACUUCGAGCAAAUUGGUCCUGCGAACGUUGCACCUUUAUCAAUGAAGGAAUUCACUUAACAUGUGCGGCGUGCUUUCUCACUCGAACUGAUGCCAAAGACUUACCCGUUCAGUGGGAAUGGAGAGCAAAUCCAGAUCAGUGGAUUCCCUAUGACUUGGCAUCAUCGUCCGAACUCGAAGAUGCGUAUCAACAUAAGAAGGCUGCCAUUUUUCCAAAGCAAGGGUAUUUUGCUUCAAUACCAGAUCGAUAUGAAGUGCGAUUCAAUUAUGCAUUGGGACGUUUUCAACAGCAUAAUCUCUCAAGUGGUGGAAUUCGUCGAAUUAGAAGGGUCGCUAAUGAUGACAACUCAAUUUUGCAACCUGUUGCAUUUCAUGAAGUGACAUCUGAAGAUAGUUGUAUCAUUUGUCUGGAUGUUUUUCAAGAUCCCAGUUCAGUCUCUGUUGAACAACAAAUUGUUAAACUUCCUCCUUGUCACGGUCAUUAUUUUCAUCGAUCAUGUGUUGCAGCUGCAAUUAAACUAAGAGAUGAAUGUCCAAUGUGCAAGAAAAGACUUGAUUAUUAA